CGGUCUGUGAUGUGUAGGUGGAUGUUAUUCUCCCAAAGCCAACAUGGCUCUCAAUAAUUUUUUGUUUGCACAGUGCAUAUUAUAUUUUUCUGCUUUUCUGUUUGGUUUCAUUGCUGUUGUGCCCCUUUCCGAGAAUGGUGAGGAUUUCAAGGGAAAAUGUCUGCUUUUUACACACGGAAUGUGGCAAAAUGAAAACAUAACCGUGGAAAAGCAACGAUUUAUUGUAGAUGAAUGGGGCCCUGAAUCAGCUUGCAGAUUCAGCACUUUCAUUGGCAUCAUUUCACUGAUUUUCUCGGCAGUGCAGGCGUGGAGAAUGUUAUUCUACCUCUGCAAAGGCCACGACGACUCUUUCUUUUAUGCCUUCCUGAACCUGUUAGUCAGCUCCUUUGUCCUGUUUGUUGUCUUUCUUGCCAGUACGCUAGUGAGUAUUGGAUUCAACAUGUGGUGUGAUGCCAUUACAGAAAAUGGAAACAUGCCAAACAGCUGUGAAGAGUUACAAGAUACAGAUCUGGAACUGGAUUUGGACAACUCAUCUUUCUAUGACCAGUUUGCAAUUGCUCAGUUUGGACUGUGGGCUGCCUGGCUAACCUGGCUUGGGAUCACCAUUCUGGCAUUCCUUAAGGUGUAUAAUAACUACCGUCAGGAAGAUCUGCUUGACAGCCUGAUUCAUGAAAAAGAAUUGCUUCUUGGAAGAUCUUCAAGAAGAACAUCUCAUGAGGAUUUAAAAAGUGGCAUGAUUUAACAGGUGUAUUCAAACCACUACUCUCAGGAGGUUGGCCGUUUAUCAGAUGUGCAAUCAAUGAAUGAAAGUCAUUUUUGUGUAAAAUUAACUGCCAGCUAUCAUACAGAAUGAAAGUUGUCUCUCUGAGUAUAAUGCAAAUUAUGUACAACCAUCCAAUUAAUCUUUGGUAGGAUAUACAUUGCUCUAUGAAUAAAUGUUCAAUGCAGCUGCUAUAAACCUCCCAAAUGUUACAUCUGAAGAAGUUAUGCACUAGUUGACAGUUACCAAUGUUUUAUUUUUUGUAACGGUAUUCCCAAAACAUCUAUCUAGACAAUGUAAAACUAGAUUUUCCCAGUUAGAUUAAUCUUUUAGCAUAUGAUUGAAAUAGUGGCUGUUUUUUUUUGUUUAUUAUUUGUGUAUGUGUCUUCAUAUUUAUUUAUUUAUGUAUGUAUUUAUGAAUGUAUGCAUCUAUUUAUGUAUGAAUCUAUGCAUCAGUUUAUUUAUUUGUUCGCCAUGGUACAAUAUGGCGCUGCCUGCUAUGGCUCAGUGCUAAUGGUAGACAUGUUUUUUUACCAGUGCUUAUUGUUUAUACACAUGACAUGCAGUAAUGUCAGUGUGCAUUGUAUAUAUGUUCUUCCAGGCAUGUCCCAUUUACUGCAGAUGACCUAUCAGCACUCUGCCUCUCAUGUGUCUGUGACCAUUACUGCCACUGCCCUCCACUGAGAGAUGUUAAUGAAGAAGGAGGAACCCACACCCUGCCAGGACAGAAGUAGUGCUGGGAAGGACCACAAAAUCCUCAGUUUGCCCCCUCCCCCCACUGCAACUCUGACAUCCCAGCCUCUGAUCAGAUUCAGGUCAGCAGUGUCACUGAGGGGGGGUCUGCUCUGUGCCAAUGGGCUGGCAAUUGGGGCUCUAAUCAUUUUACUUAAAAGCACUACUGCAACAUAGAUCAUCAGAGUUGCUGUAUGGUCAGUACUGAGAUCAUUUUAUAGAUACAUGGCAGUACCAAUGAAGGCCGGAGUAGAAACAUGAGUUGGCAGUCUUGAUUCUGCCUGGCCAUGCAGUGCACCUUAAUGUACAAGAACAAAGCGUCCAAGUAGAACCCAACAACACAUGAAUAACUGCUAGUUGUUAACAACAAAGCCAUAUAAUACACUCCAUAAGAAUGACAGUAGGAUAAUAUCCCAAAGAUCUUAUUGGUAGCUGCUGCUAUGCUUACAUUUUGUAUAAUGAACUCAUCAAGUUCUGCUUUUGCUACUGGGAGACAUUUAGAGAAUGCUGCUUUACAUAAAUUAUAUCACUAUUGAUAUUAUUAUUAUUAUUAUUAUGAUUAUUAUUCCACUGUUCCAUACAGCUGUAUUAAAAACAAUCAUCAUCUGUCAAUCCACUAUGAUUACUAGUCAUAAAGCUCUGAAGCAAAGUCAGUGGUAAGGAAUAUGUACAUUGGUGGAAGGGUUUUAGGUGGAAUUAUGUUUCUUUCAUCAAAAUCUCUCUCUUAAACUGCUCAUUGGGUAACACUUAAAAUACUGUCUUAUGACAAGGCUACUUAAUUUGAUGAUUUAUUAUCUAAGAAGUAGUACUGAUUUGUUUUUCACCAUUGCUGUUUAAAUGAAUCCAUUUAAUUACAGGUAGACAACCAGUGGAGCUUUUAUUCUGGUAUUGUGAAGCAACAUCUCUUUGAAGAUGUGCAGUUCUUACUACAACCUCAUUUUGCUGAAAGCAUCGGUUACUGGGAUCUGCUGCCUUUUGCUACUGUAAAAGUCACAGCCCACAGUGUACCAUCAGCAGUGGAAGACUGUUUCACUAGGCAUACGACUGCAAAACAAUAACAGCUAUCACUCUCUUGAAUGUGGCUUUCAGUAUCGAAAAGCAGCUAAGUACAUUUGAAUAAAAUGGUUUGAUAAAGUUUCCAUUGAGAUUUGCAGACAAUAAAAUAAACAUAUUAUGAAGUUUACAAACAACUGAUGCUGCUUAAAGCUUGCCCAGUGUUGCAGCAAGCCCUCAGACAGUUGCCUUCUUCCCCCACUUCAUUAUCUUUUCCUUUCUUUUACUCAUGUCAUUUCAAGGAGUCUGUAACCAUGCAAAGACUUAUAGUUACAUUUUUUGUCAGUACAUUUCAUGAAAUUACAACCCUCUGUGUGAAUCUGUAUUGUCUCAAGUUUAUGUUGAACUACCCCCUUUUCAGUUGCAUCUCAUACCUUUUCAGGUGCUCCUCUCCCACUUGCCUAUAAAUCUAUAUGUAAUCCACUGAAUCCAGAUCACAUACCCCUUGUUGUUUCUUUCCUCUAAUAUAUGCAUGUACAACAUCCUCAGUCAACAACCACCCUUCUGUUGCAUUUUUUUUGUUAUGUUCACAUUAUGCACUUUCUUGACAGUCUAAUUUCCCUUUCUCUGUACAGCCUUCAGAGAUACAUUCAUUUUUAAGCCUUGAGAAAUACAUGUUGUGUUGCUGAUAUGGCUUUGCCCUGCCUCUUGUAGUGAAAACAUUAAUUUGCCAUAUCUGAAACUCAUUCCUCAUGAUGAGUACAAGGACACUUAGCUGGCAUUCAUCAGUGACCUAUCACAUUGCAUACUGUAUUUCACUUUCAGGGUGGUUAUCAACCCAGAAUAAUUUCCUCAUCUAUUUUUGGGUACUCAUCUCAUUGAAACUGUAUACUUUGAAUUGAAUCCCAAUGCAAAGUGCAUAAAUAUGGACUUAUUGCAUUAACUCUUAUAUAUCUGUUUUGCAAUUGUAAUGAAGACAGUGGCAGGUCUCCAUGGAGAUUCCCCUCAACAUUUUUUGUAGCAUCAGCUUAAAAGAUGACUUUGCGCUUCAAACCCAUUGGGAUUUCUAACACAAGUAUACUAAACAAAAAUUGUCAUGACACUAAAUGGUGCACACUCCAAUUUUUAUUAUUUUUUUCUGAGAGUUUGUCUUUACUAACUACCCACUGGCUUUAUUCAAAUUGUUAAUUUCUUGUCCACUCCACCAUUUUGGCACUCAUACAUAAUUAUGGUACCAGUCUCCAGACAAAGUGUUGAAAAUGUUGCUGACAUCCACAUUCACCAAAUCCACAGGUUUCCAAAUGUCCAAUUCAUCUAUGACCAGCUCAUAGAUUGAAAUAGGCAGGACAGGUAUAUUUCCCUGUGUAUCAUCUAAAUUAUGACUAAACAGAUAUUUUAAAAUACAGUACAAAGUAUUACAUCCACACAUCGCUAACUUGCUCUCUGUCAUAUCAAGCAGCCUGACACCUAUCUGCCAACAGCAUCAAAAUUUAGAACAGCCACCGAUGUAAGUCAUGUGAUCAAUCCAACAUGGACCCCCACUAAUGGUGAUACUGGAAGAAUAGCACAAAGUGUAAGUGGAUGGCCCUUGGUUAUUCUGACCUAUCUUUUAGCCCAUAAAAAGUUUUUUUUUCUUAAAAUAAUAUAACAACUAAGCUCUUUGUUAAAAGUCUAACUUGGAUAGAAAAUUAAUAAUGGAAUUUACACUGCCAAAAGUAUUCAAAAUAAUAAGAACAUGAACAGAUAAAGUAAAAAGUGAAAGGUAGAGGAAAUCAUCCUUGCACCUUAAUCUUGUUUCUAAUCCUUUGAUUUUUGAUAUCUAAGUCAGGAUAGAUAAGUGCUGCUCAGCGAGUUAAUGUCGCAUGUUGAUGCUACUUAUAUACAAACAUUUCCCAGAGGAAGAGGUGGAGUUAUGACCAUGGUUGUCUCUGUAUUCACCUCUGGGUCUUGUUUCAGAUCUGCUUGAAGGAUUCAUGAAGUAUCAUAUAGAGAGAAAUGAUGCAUGUUCCAAAAUAUGUGUGCCAUAUAUUGUGUCCAAAAAAUCUGUCUAAUUUGUCAACAGUAAUUAACAUACUGAUUUUGCAUGGAGCCUUAUCUCUAUGCUUCAUCAGUUUGAUCAUAUGUCUGAAUAAUAAGUAAAAAUAAAAACCAAACAAAAUGGAAUAAACUGAAAAACACACAGAAUGAACUCCUGAAAUUUACAAUGGAAAAUAUAUGCAGCUAUUGCUUAUAGGGGAGAUUAUCAGGAGAAAAAGCCCAACAAUUGCUGUGCCAUGUUGGAUAUCAUUAUUGUGUAUCUAAAUAUCUGUUUCUAUUGGGGGGAUAUAAGAAUGAAGACAUGAAUGUAAAUAUGAGAGAGUAAUUUAUAGAGUGUAAUGAUAGAAAUCCCUGGCAAACUUGUAGUGACGGAGGAUGGGAAUGCUCAGUCACAGAUGCCAUGUGGCUUGAGAAAGGUAUCUGCCUAAAUUCCAGAUAAUGUUAAGACUGUAAAUAUCCAGUUCUUUAAUGCUGUGUUCUGCAUUUGUAUUACAAACUGCUGUCAGUAUGUAUGGAUAUUUCCUAUGUUGCUGUGCCUUGCCUUUCAGAGUUAUUAACCGUAAUGAAUGUUUGGUGCCAAAUAAAGUCAUGUUUCCGCAAGGUA